UUUGCAUACAAAUUAGCAUUAAUAAAAUUCAGGUAAUGUUAUUAAGGGUUAAGGUUUAAGUAGGUAAACAAACUAAAAAAUUAUUAUUAGAUAUGAGAGGGGUAUAAUUAACAGAUAGAGUUCGUAGUUGCAAUAAACAAUAGACCAUUUACAGAAUGUAUCCCAAGAGUCUAAGCCGAUCCGUCAUAAUUAUGGAUAAAGCCGAGGAGCUCCGAAAUAUGGAGAGUAAUUCAUUGCCAGGCUUUUUAAGGUUACAAGAGUUAACGGGCGUUUCAGUUUCGGUAAUUUUUCUCUCGGAGAUCCUGUUCGAAAAAUAUUAAUUUAGGUUAAACAUCAUCGAACCUAUUAAGAUCCAUUUUCCGCAGUAUAACAAGGACGAGCUGCUGGAAAUUAUUUCGUUAGAUUUCAAUCUUGUUCGGGAAUUAGUAUCUAAUAACUUUAACCAACCGAUCAAAUUCGACAAAGACUUCUUCAGAAAUUACUUGAACGUUUUUCUGUCGGUGUUCUAUAGGGCGUGCAGGGAUCUCAGUGAAUUGAGACACACAGGCAGAAGUAAUUUUAUUAAAUACUGCGAACCGAUUGCCCGCAAUGAAGUAAGUAUGAAAAACUCUAUGGCACUAUGGAAAAAUAUCUCUCCCAUUUUGAAAAGCUCUUUAGACGUACUUUAUUUGCGAGUGUCAACAGAUGACAGUAAAAGACCGUUAGAAAAUUUAGCUGAAAAUAUGGAACUUCCAUUUUACGCCAAAUACUUGUUGAUAGCGGCAUAUUUAGCAAGCUAUAGCUCGGUGAAAGAUGAUAAGAGACUUUUCAUGAAAUACCAUGAAGAAAAGACAAAAUCUCAGCACGAUAUCAAACGCAAAAGCAAGGUUUCCGAGAAACUGAACACUCAGAUGGGACCGGGUGUAUUUACUUUGGAUAGAUUGUUGGCAAUAUAUUAUUCCAUUUUGCAGGAUAAAGUUGGUUUUAAUAAUCAUCUACUAGUGCAAGUGUCGAGUUUAGCUGCAGUACUGCAGCUUUUAUCGCUUGCAUCUGACAAUACCACGCUCGAUGGGAGGAAAUACAAGUGUAACGUUAACUUUUAUUGCAUUCAUAGUCUAUCGAAAAUGGUCGGUUUCAAUAUAAGAAAAUAUUUAAAUGACUUCAGUCACAUGUAGUCUAAUAUUGUUACAUAUCGUAAUUUAAACAGUAUUACCGUCUAUGAUCGUUUAA